AUGAACUUCUCUGCGACACUGAAAGUAGUCGCAUUCGCGGGGCUAUGCUUUGGAUCUGACGCAUUUCAACAGUCGCCAUUGGGUAUCGAUGUGAAUGAACUCGAACUACAGUCACAGCCGCGAUUGAUUACAGGUUGUUCCAGCGCUUGUAGCAACUUACGAGAAAAUUUUGGUUCCCAAGUUACAUUCUUUAAUGAGAGACUGUAUAAAAACGAGUUGUCACGCUUCUGGUCGCUUCAGCAGUCUCAGACACUGCCGGCGUGCAUUUUUCUUCCCGAAAGCUCGCACGAUGUUGCAUCCGCCGUACUACUUGCACGAAGAUCCAAUUGUCCUUUUGCAGUCAAAUCAGGCGGCCACGCAGCGUUUUCCGGUGCGUCAAAUCUAGAAGGUGGUCUCACCAUUGAUCUAGUCGCAAUGAACGAUAUCACAGUCAACAGAGAUCGGGCAACAGUAUCUGUGGGCCCAGGAAACAGAUGGGGAGAUGUUUAUCGCCAAUUAGAAAACCAAAAUCUGACCGUCGUUGGCGGUCGUAUAGCGGACGUCGGCGUUGGUGGAUUAACUCUCGGAGGAGGCAUCUCCUUCUUCAGUAACAUGCAUGGAUGGGCAUGCGAUAAUGUUGCAAGCUAUGAAGUUAUCACAGCUUCAGGAGACAUAAUUAAAGCUACUCCAACUUCCCACAAAGCAUUGUAUCAGGCGCUUCGAGGCGGGGGUAACAAUUUUGGCAUAGUGACCAAUUUUGAAUUGAAUACCUAUCCUCACGAUAGAGGCCUAAUGUGGAUAGGUAAAAUAGUGCAUGCCGGUGCUCAUAAUGCCAGUCUUAUCGAGGCGUUUGUGAACUUUGGAGAGAGAGGAAGGGAUCCCAGUGCUACAAUGCUUUUCAGUAUUGUUUACCUUCAGAAACAGGACAAUUUUAUUUGCGUGAGUGAGCUGGACUACGCUGAGCCGAUAGCAGAUGGAGGAGGACAUCCAGCAGUAUUCAAUGCUUUCUUCGAAAUCGAAGGGCCUAUCCAGGAGACAAAAUCAACAAAAACUAUAGUCAACGUCAUUAAAGAUCACAGUGUCUCGAACCCUAAUGGACUGCGUCAAAGCUACUGGACUUCAACAUUUCGCCUGGAUCUAAGACUUGCACAGGAGAUCAGUGACCUCUGGGCACAACUUUUGGAUCCUAUAAAGCAGAAAGUGGCUGGUAUUGUACCGGUCUUGACAUUUCAGAUCAUUACCACAACUAUGAUGGAACACAUGGGCGAUAAAGAUGGUAAUGCGCUGGGAUUAGAACACGAGAAAGAGCCACUCAUGCUUGUCGCCUUAAGUGCCAUGUGGAAAGACGCAGCUGGCGAUGAUAUCCUAUUUGAAGCAUAUUCUAAGUGGUUGGUCGCAUCCAACUUGAGAGCUCAGGAGCUGGGACUCGAUCAUCGAUAUAUCUACAUGAAUUAUGCAAGUCAAUUCCAAGAUCCUAUUCGUGGUUAUGGAGAGGCAAACGUCGCUAAAUUACAGAAUGUUGCGAAGGAGUAUGAUCCAGAUGGUGUCUUUCAAGUGCUACAGCCAGGUUACUUUAAGCUUUGA